AUGGAAAAAUAUCAAGAUGAGCCCGUUGUCGCCAUGGCAACCCACCCUCAAGUAUCCUCCCAGCGCAGCAGAGCUCGCAAGGUGCUAACCUACAUUACCAUCCUUCUCAUGCUUAUUGGUGUGUUGUAUUACUUUGCAGACUACGAGUACUACAAGAGUAUUUUAGCGUCAGCUUCUGAGAAGCUCCACAUGCACUGUGGCCACAGGCUCGAAAAAAGAAAGGAGUUUAUGGACCAGAUCGGAUUCCGUGUGUUAGUGGGCAUUGGUGUGUUUGCCGUAUUGAAUGUGAUUGUGAUCACCGUUCACCACAUUGUCCAGAAAAUAGCCAGAUCAACAAAUUCUUAUAAGACUAUUGACCAUGUUGUGUCUCCAUUUUGA